AGUGUCAAGUAACAAAACAUAACCUGAGAAUUGAUGACCUAUUUUCCUUAUUUUUUAGAAUUAUGAUAUUUCUUUUACAUUAAAAAGUGGUAUCAUGGUUACCUUCAACGUUGUGCAGGAAGGGCCAGUAAAUGCCCUUGCAUUAAACAGGGAUAAUACACAAGUUGCUAUUAGUGGACGAAAUGUUUUUAAAGUAUAUUUAAUCGAAGAAGAUAAAUUCAAAGAAGUCUGUAAUUUGCGUACUUCAAAACACUUAAAUUUAAGUUUUUCAUGCAAUGAUAUAUCGUGGAGUGUUACAGACGAUCAUUAUUUGGCUACUGCUGCUACUAAUGGUCAUGUAUGUGUAUGGAAUCUCACGAAAAUGGGUAAAGCAAUGCAGGAGCAAGAUUACCAAGAGCACAAGCGAACAGUGAAUAAAGUUAAUUUUCAUUCUUCUGAACCAAACAGGCUCAUUUCUGGUUCUCAAGAUGGAACUAUGAAGUAUUUUGAUAUAAGAUUAAAGACCUCUGUGGCAACAUUUCACAGCAAUACUGAAAGUGUCAGAGAUGUUCAGUUCAGUCCACACAUUCCACAAAUGUUUGCUGCUGUAUCAGAAAAUGGCAGUGUACAAUUGUGGGACAUAAGAAGACCAGAUAAGUGUCAACAACAAUUUACAGCACACAGUGGCCCUGUCUUUGCAUGUGAUUGGCAUCCAGAAGUACCUUGGAUUGCAACAGCAAGUAGAGAUAAAACAAUUAAGGUUUGGGAUCUAAGUUCUAAGCCUACUUUAGAGUAUACAAUUCAUACAAUUGCAUCAGUAGGACAUGUCAAAUGGCGUCCUCAACGAAAAUAUCAUAUUGCCAGUUGUGCUUUAGUUGUCGAUUGUAGUAUUAACAUUUGGGAUAUACGCAGGCCGUAUAUUCCUUUUGCUGCAUUUAAUGAACACAAAGAUGUAUCAACAUGUGUAGCCUGGAGGGGUGAACCUCACGUAUUUUUAAGUACAAGUCGAGAUUGUACCUUAUAUCAACAUGCAUUUAAAGAUGCCAGUCGUCCUGCAAGCAAAGCAAAUCCCCAAGGAAUAUCGCUUAAUACUAAAGGCGAUAUUUUAUAUGCAUGCCAGACCCCCACCAAUCCGAAUUUUCUCUCCAAAGUUACUAAUUUAGUGAGGAAGAAUUCAAACACUCUAUCUAGUGAUCAAUUUCAUCAAGCUUCAAGUCAACUAAGUCAGUUUAUGUGUGUCCUUAGUCAAGAUAUGAAAUGUUUUUGCAAUUUAGCAAAAAAUUACUUAAUAACUGGUCAAAGUUUUUCAGAAUUAUGUGAACACAACGCUAACGUUGCAAAACAAUUUGGAAAACAUCAGGUUUCGUUGGUUUGGCAAAUUCUGCGCAUUCUUUGUAGUGAAGAGUUUCGCCAAAACUCUUCCUACCCGUACAAUUCAAAAUAUUGCGACGACAAUUUAUCCUUCACAAAUAUUGUGGCUCUGACAUUAGGAUCUGCUGAUCAAAGCACAGAUAAUGAGCAAAAAUCACGAGGGGGAGAUACACCAGCCGCACAAAAUAGCGGAGGAGACGACGAAACAGAAGCGGAAGACCAAGUCGAUCAUGUCAGUGGUUUCACGAGUUAUAAUAACUUUAAAUUGGGACUUCCUCGUGGGGACUUCACAUUUGGGGAAAACGAACUUGAUUUAGAACUGGAUGGGCUUAAUUCAGUUGCAGAUAUAAGAAACGGUUUUCACAAUUAUCACAUCUCAGAACAAAUCCAGGACUGGACGUUGCCCAACGAAGCUUUUAACAUACGUCACGAAAUCCAAGAUCGUUCCCCUCCUCCAGAACAAUUUCCCAAACACAAUUCUCCCGACAUAAAUGAUGAUGGUCAAAUCAUUUCUACAGACGAUCACUUUUCAGGGCCUCUAACAGUAUUCAAUCCCCCAAAACGGGCAACGUGGGAUCCCAGUACAGUUAUCGUGGACGCACUAAAAUAUCACGCAAAUUUAGGAGACAUCCAGACAGCUGCUUGCGUUCUUCUAGUUUUGGGAGAUCAGAGACAGUUCUUAAAUGGUCUGGACGAAGCUACACAAGAACAUUGGUUACUCGGGUAUAUAGAUCUGCUUGGAAGAUACCGAUUGUGGGACAUUGCUGCCCAGGUGAUAAAAUUGUCAUGGAUUCCAAGUAUUAAUCAAAUGAGUCAACAGUCUACAAGGAUAAAUACGAAUUGUGGUAAAUGUAGCAAGCCCCUUCAGAGAGCCGGUUGGUUGUGCGAUAGGUGUCAUUCUUCAGAAUAUUCCCUGUGCAGCGUUUGCCACCAAGUUGUUCGUGGAUUGUAUGCAUGGUGCCAGGGGUGCUCUCACGGAGGUCAUUUAGCACACAUACAAAAGUGGAUAAGAUCAAACAAUAAGUGUCCCACAGGAUGUGGACAUCUAUGCGAAUAUGGUUGAAUAAAAUAAAAACACACAGAAUAUUAAAAGUAGUUAUUUAAAGACAAGUCUGAAAAUUGUUGAUAUUUUCUAUAUUUAAAUAUUUAUAAAAAGUAAUAAACCUUAAGUCUUCUUUUAAUCUUUGUUAUUUCCAGCAAUUAAGUAAAGAAAUGGCUUUAGAGGAUAAAGUACAAGCAGGUAGAAUUUCUUUUCAAGCUCUUUAUUGCUACAUAUCGAUUUAAAUAAAAAUAUAUAAAUUAAGCAAAAUGACUUAAUUUAAAAUGGAACACUUGGCUCGUUUUAUUGUAAUUUUUUUAUUUCGAGUGAGGAUUUACUUGUUUUUAAAUGUGAUAAGUGCCUAAUUAAUGUAUAUUCAUUAAAUUACAACAAAAUGAGCCAAAUUAUUAUUUGAAAAUGUUGCACCAAAAACAAAAAAAUACCCAGCAAGCAUGAAAUAUCAACAACAAAGGCUGCUAAUAUUUUUUAGUUUACAAUUCUUCGAAUUUAAACAAAAAAAAAACUUACUUAACAAGGCAAAUA